AGUAUCGUCUCGGCGAGCGACGGCCCCGCCCGCCCACUCCUGGUCGCAUCGUGAUUCAGUUAUCCGCAGGAUUCUUGCUUUGAUGUUGCUGAUACAGCAUUCAUCGCCAUGGCUUGGAGACACCUAGCUCUCGCCAGCCCAAAGCUAAACACAUAGCCUCCCCCUCCGGUCCCGUACGCGUGAACGAUCUUCUCCCCGUCCACGAUCUCCUUUUCCACCCUUACUCCUCCCGUUCGUCCUGGUCGAAUACCGACAUUGUCGCGGACAACAUCAAAGUCUUCCGGUUGCGUGCCGGGGAAGACCUGCGGUAAGUUCUCAUGGACGCGUCGUAGGAUCUGCUACCAUUAGCCGGGUCUUUCACAAAGGAGGGUCGACACGUACGUCCAGCUUGAUAUCUUGGUCGACUUCCGGAUACCUGGAGCGAUAGUUAGAAUAGAACUCGCCACAGGAUGUCGGACACCCACGUCUGGUCAACCUGCUUGAUACCCCCAAGGAUAGCGGUCCCAUCCAACCGCGGUAUAACAUAUGUGUAAUCCUUCCCAUGGCGCAUAAAGAUCUUGUCAUGCGGCGUCUUGACGAGAACAGUCUGCCCGCGGAUCUGCUGCACAUUUUGAUCCGCGACGUCGGUCAAGAACUUGGACCCGAAGCCCGUAGCAUUCACGAGAACCUCGUGACCGAAGCCUUUUAGGUCUGAGAGGGACUUGAGGUCUUUGCGGACGAAUUUCACGCCGGCGUCUUCGAGCUUCUUGCGCAGCCAUGGAAGGAAGAUGGCCGGUGUGAUGACCACCGAUUUGUCUGCCAAUUAGCCUGUGAAAUAUAUAUAAUCGAGGAGAGACUUACAACUCAUGCCGACUUUUGUUCCCGCCGGGAGUUCAUCUGGGGACAUGACGCGAAACUAAGAAGAGGUCAGUCCACGUGCAACAAAUAUCACGGAUCACUCACCUCUGGCAUCAAGUCGCGGUACCAGAUCUUCUCCAACGGCGUGUCGUCUUGCAGAUCAUGCAUAUCGAUAAUCUACCCCGAUUAGACGGCCUUCUCCCAAUGGGAAUUUGGCACCCUACCCUGACACUUGACUCGGGAUUGCUCUUCGCGAGACUCCACAAGUACAAGAAGGAAUCUGUUUGCAACUUCUGCUCAAAAGGUGUCGACCCAUCGAGUCCGAGGAAGCAGGCGCCUGCCCACGGACUGGACCACUCUCGGCUCUCAGCAUCUCCCGGAAGGUUUCUAGCAACGAUUGUCACCUCGUUGGAACGUGACAGCAUGCUGGCAAUAGCCAUGCCAGUGAUACUAUUUUCUCGUUAGUAACAGCUUAAUGGGCAGCGAAAAAGCGUAAUGCAGUGGGUUUUAUACCUACCAGUUGUCCACACGCCUUUUGCGACAUUCGAGUUGGAGAACUAUGCCCAUGCUUUGCUGGCUGACCUGCAGCCUCCACACUUGGCGAAACCGAGAUAGCAGUCUGGGCGAAUCACAGCGCGUACCGGGGAGGACACUCGGGCGCUAGGCCUAGGCCCCGAUCACCCCUCAGCGUUGGAGUAGCUAUAGCGUCCUAGCGCCCGAUUACCCUCGGGAUUUUGAAGCGUAUCUCAAGCCUCAGCACAUUUCCUCCUAUGAGAAUCAUUCCCAGAGCACUGCCAUCUCCGAAACUGACAAUUGUGCGGGGAAGUCCGUAUCAGAUACUCUAUCACCGGACCGGUUGACUGCCUCCAUGUCUGCUCGUGACUCGUCGCCCCUAUCAUUGACUCUGCGUCGAUAUAAAUCCUGGGUUCUUUCCGGGGUUGAGUGACAUUGCGCCUACUCUGAUAGACAUCUAAUAUUGGAGAUUAUUGUGCCGCUCCACAAUGGAUAUCAAGGGCGAUUCCGAUCCCGUUCGUGAGGAGAAGAUGACCAACCAUUCGAGGCCUUCGUCGAUGCAAGCUGUACCGGCGGAGAACUCUAAUUCUGAAUACCUCGAGUUCCUGGAGCUCAAUGAGCAAUUCUCUGGUGAGCGGCUUCAGAAGCUGAUCCGGAAGGUUGAUUGGCAUGUUCUUCCACAAUUGAUCCUGAUUUAUCUCAUGUCGUAUAUCGACCGCACAAACGUUGGGAAUGCCAGGCUCUUCGGCGUCGAAUCGGACCUGAACCUCAGCGGUCAACAGUGGAACACCUGUCUGUCCAUCUUCUUCGUCACCUAUGCACUCGGCGGAGUCCCCUCGAAUAUCGCGCUGAAACGGUUCGGUCCGAAGAUCUGGUUGCCAGCGCUUCUUCUGUCGGUAGCGCUCAUUUUAGUCUUCACGUCCUUGCAAGUCAACUUUGGUGGGUGGGCGGCGUUUCGUGUUUUGCUCGGUGUCUUUGAAGCAGGAGUGUUCCCUGGAUGCUCGUUUGUUCUCACCUCGUGGUACUCUCCGAGGGAAGUUCACUCGAGAAUGGCGAUCUUCUAUUCUGGAGCUUCUGCCGCUGGAGCCUUCUCUGGGUUGUUGGCUUUUGGUAUCGGGCAGCUGGACUACACCUGGGGGUAUAGGGGAUGGAGGUUCAUCUACUGCAUUGAAGGACUGUUCACCGUCCUUCUUGCCAUCAGCGCCUUCUGGUUUGUCCAUGAUACACCGGCCAAGGUAGGUAAGUGGCUCACACAAGAGGAAAGGCAGUUCCUUCUUCUUCGCCACAAAUAUUCGGCUGGCGGCGAGACUGGCGUGGCAGAAAAAUCCGAGUUCUCCUGGAAACAGGCCGCGAUGGCAUUCAAAUCGAUCCACAUCUACGCUGUCGUACUCAUCGAGUUCACACUGUGCGUCACAGUAUACGGCUACUCGUUUGUCCUACCGACAAUUAUCAAAAACCUUGGCUAUGACGCAGCCGAAGCCCAGGCCAUGACUGUCCCUCCCUAUGCGUUUGCGUGUCUGGUGACUGCGUUCUCGGGUUGGGCAGCGGAUAGGUACCAGCAGCGGAUGCUUUCCGUUCUUCUACCGAAUCUGAUGGCGCUCGCGGGCUUCAUUAUCAUGAUGGUUAGCGUGAGGUACCCGGGCGUACCUGGCGUUACACUCUUUGGGGUAUUUCUUACGACAGGAGGCCUGUACCCCAUUUCACCCGCGGUGACAGCCUGGAUCUCACUCAAUUGCGCGGGAACAAUGAAGCGAGCAGUUGGUAUCGCUGCAAUGAUCAGCUUCUCGCAACUCGGCGGAAUCGUCGGAUCGAACAUCUACAUCUCCAGCCAGGCACCAACGUAUCCCGUCGGGUUUGGUAUCAGUCUGGGGAUGCUGGCUGUCUUUGGGUGUAUCUGGCCUGUCAUUUAUUAUUUUAUCCUGAAGCGCAUCAAUGCGAAGAGAGCGGCGAUGGAUGAGACUGAGAUUCGGGCAAAGUAUACCGAGGAGGAGUUGUCGGAGAUGGGGGAUUUGAGUCCUUUGUUUAGAUAUGCGACUUGAGUUAGGCUCUGUAUAUACCGACCGGCCAUUAUGGGAACGAUACUAGUAAGAGCCAACCAGGUAAAGUAUUGUUAGGGAAGGAGCGAAAGAAUGUCACCUCUCGCCCAGAACCUGUUUGGGCUAAAUUGUGCCCUCCGUUGCUUCGAUAUCUCUCUCUUACAGUAUUACCUCUCGAGGACAGUGGAAUGAUAAUCAAUCUGGC